AUGGCAAGAACUAAGGGGCUCAAUGUUUUGUCGGAUACUGGAAGUUCACUUACCAGACAAGCCAUACUGACUGCAGUAAAGGAGGGUGGUCUGGCUGAGACGAACGUGAACCAGCAGUUCUCCUCAGACCUUGCCGGCCAAAAAAACAAACAACGGGCUUUCACUUUUCGAAGGACCGCUCUGCCCUCACAUUUGAGGAAAAGACUAGACUCUGCCCUUGGUUACGUGCCUGAUGUUGAAAAAACAAGGUUGGCAACAACCAGAGGGACCAAAAGGAGGAGAGCGGAGACGAAGAAAAGAGUGGUGACGACAAAGGGAGUGGCCACAAAGCAAAGAGCAACAACAGAGGAAGGCGGCAACAAAAAGGAGAGUAGCAACGAAGAGGACGGCGGCAACAAAAAGGAAAACAGCGACAAAGAGGAAGGCAGCGGCGAAAAGGAGAGCAGUGAUAAAGAGGAAAGUACCCACGAAGAGGAGAGCAAUGAGGAAGGCGGCGACAAAAAGGAGAGCAGUGACGAAGAGGAAAGUACCCACAAAGAGGACAGCGACGAGGAAGGCAGCGACAAAAAGGAGAGCAGUGACGAAGAGGAAAGUACCGACGAAGAGAAGAGUGACAAAGAAGAUUAA